CGACGCUCAGGUCGCGACAUGGGCGUCGCGACGAGGAGGGGGGAUGGGUUCGGGAACGCGCGCGCGCGCGACGUCGCCGGGGCGACGACGCGACGCGGCGCGAGAGAGAGGGUGGGUCCGCGCGCGGAAGAACCGGAGCGCGGAGGAGAAAAGAAGAGGGGGAGAGCGCGCGACGAGAAAAUGGCGGCGACCGACUCCCCGGCGGUCGCCGCGCCGUCGUCGACCGUCGCGCGAGCGAAGCGGAAGGCGUCGGAGACGCCGGGCCGCGACGCUCUCGAGCGCGUCAAGACCCGCCGGCGCGCGGGAGCGACCGCCGCGCCCGUGGACGCCGUGCCGGACGACGUCCUCGAGGUCAUCUUCGGGCAUCUCGCGAGAGAUUCGACCCCGCGGGAGUACCACGACGCCACGCUCACGUGUAAGCGGUUCCGAGACGCGGGCACGAGCAAGCGCGCGCUGUCCGACGCGGGCGAGCGAGUCCUCGCGACGCGCGCGAAGGACUGGAACAACGGCGCGAGCGCCUUCGCGGACGCCGCCGUCGCCGCGGGUUCCGUCUUCGCGUCGUUUUUCGUCGGCAGCGUCAAGUUUUACGCUGCCAAGACGAAAGAGGAGCGCACCGCGGGCGCCGCGCUGCUCGCCAAGGCGGCGGUGAACGGCUCCCCGGACGCGCACCACACGCUCGCGAUCAUGCACUUCAACGGCAGCGGCGGGCGGCGGAAGGAUAAAGACCCGGAGGCUGGCGCGGCGUUGUGCGCUCGCGGGAACAUCCUCUUCAACAGCGUCCCCGCCAAGCGCGAGCUCGGGCACUGCCUCCAAGACGGCUUCGGCGUCGAGCGAGACGUCGCGCUCGGGAAGAAGCUCCUCGUGGAGGCUGCCGCGGAGGACACGCAGACGCCGGCGAUCGACAUCGCGGUGAGCGCGGCGACCGCGGCGGCGGCGGCGGUGGAGGAACGGCUGCGCAAGCGCAACGACAUCAACACGCUGCAAGAGGCGGUGACCGCCAGCCGCGAGGUUUCGAACGCCGCGCGCGCCGCCGCCAGGGAGCAUCUCCACGCGACGCCGGAGAACCGCUUCCUGUUGGACUGGUUCAAUCCGGACGUGUGCGGCGAGGUGUUACCCCCCGGCAUGCACGCGUGCUCGCACCCGCUGUGCGGGCGGGUGGAGACGCGAAGACACGAGUUUCGACGGUGCUCGUGCUGCGGUCGCGUGCGGUACUGCUCGCGGAGCUGCCAGUCGCUGGACUGGCGGCUGCAGCACAAGUUCGCGUGCUUGCCGCUGUUGGAGCUGUACGGGUGGAUGGAGUCGGACGCGGAGAGCGUGGACGGCGGGUCCGUCGGUCCGUCGCCGCCGGGGUCCCCGGGCGGCGCGGACUUUGGCGGGGCGUCGUCCGCGGCGGCGGCGGCGGAGGCGUGA